AUGAGCGCUGCCACGCCCACCAGCCCGGGCUUCCCGCUCCAAAUGGGCUCAGGCGCCAUCGCCGCCCAGUUCGGAGGGCCCUCUUCUUCAGCAGGUAGCCCACGCUCUCGACCUACCACACCGCUCUCCGCCGCCUUCCUCCCCGCCGGCCCCACCUACGACGAUCUCAGCAAAUGGGAGGACGCCGACGUCGCCGCAUGGCUCACCGCCGCUCGCCUCGGUCACCACGCCGCUACGUUCGCCGAAAACGACAUUCGCGGCUCCAUCCUCCUCGAUGUCGACCAGGCCGCCCUCAAGGAAAUGGGCAUCACCAUGAUCAAGGACCGCGUCCGCAUCCAGGCCGCCAUCAAGCUCCUCAACAAGCGCUGCGCAGACGCCGCACUCGCUCGCAGACCCAGCGCCGUCUCCCUCCCGCCCUUGUCGCCCCUCGCAAACCACGCCCUCUACGCAAACGAGGGCGAGAUCGAGUACCUCGAGCACGACCACCUCGCCGACAACUCCGCCCCCGGCAUGUCGCCCGGCUUCGGCCCCAACUCCAUGGGCCUCCGUCGCGGUCAGAUGCGCCCGCCACCACUCACCCUCAAGCAGUCCGCCUCUCGCGGCAUGCCCGGCCAUCCCUCCCCCGCCAACGGCCUCAACAACGCCCAUGGCUUCGGCCUCAGCGCCGCUCGCGGUCUCACCCCCGGCGCCGCGCGUGGCAGCGUCUGGAACACCGCCUCGUCCUCUUCCACGUCAUCCAAACCCAGCACUGCCGACGGCGCACUUCACCGCAAAGUCAACUCCAUCGGAGGAGGCGCAGCUCCAGCCAUCGUCGGCGCCUCCUCGUCGUCGCUCUCCUCCGCCCGCCACCUUCACGGCCAUGGCCUCCACUCCACACGCCCAAGCACAGCCACCGGCGCAAGCGGCUACUCCAAUGCUGGCGGCUCGCUCCAAUCGCGCGGCGCGCUCACAUCCAAUAGCCCCACCGCCGCUACCUUUGGCGGCGCCGCCAGCAUCAACACCGGCCGUCCCUCCACCGCCACAGGCGCCCAAACCUACUCUGGCACCGCCAUCAACCCCACCAGCUCCGUAGCCAGAGACGGCUACUCCCCGCUCACCCCCAUCUCCGAGUCCAACUCUCACGGCAACACGCCCACAACCCCGUCGGGCAUCCAGCAGCAGCAGUCAGCAGGCUACUCGGUCGGUCGUGGGCCUUUUGCUUCGUCACAACGCUACGGCGCCUCGCCCGUUCAGUCGUCCUCCUCUGGCAACGCCAUUCGACGCGUCGACAGCGGCGAGGGCUACAACCUCAUGGCUUCCCAGUUCGCCGGCUACCCACCUCCCAACCCACCCACCCUUGAAGACCUCAAGCGCCGCACAAUCAAAUUCAUCAGCGAAGAGGACAACACCACGCGCAUCGUCAACGUCAGCGACUGCCGCGACGCCUACGACGUCAUGGCCCGCGUCCUCAAGAAGUUUGGCAAACCCCCCAGCGCCAAUAGCUACACCCCCACCGCCGACCAGGGCCCCACCGGCGACGAGCUCGGCGCAACCGAGACGUGGGGCAUCUUUGCCACAAGCGCAGACGGUCAGAACACAAAGGCGCUCUCGGACAACGAGCUGCUUGCCAUCUGCCACGCCCCACAGCCACACGAUCCGCUGCGCGAACGUGGCCUCACCCUCCGCAGGAUCCCCAACCAUCUCCCCGGCGAGGACGCCCGCAGAGUCCCCGCGCGUUCCGGCCGCAACAAGCUCGAAGCCUUCUUCGGCGAACGCAUGCCCGUCGCACAGAUGCAGCCCGCCGGCCCAGGCUCGGCCGCACACACAGACGAAGGCGACGCCGGCAGCGUCACCAUCAGCGGCAAAAAGAUGAAGCGCGCCUCCACCGUCAGCAUCAUGUCCGGUCUUGGCGUCGGCCCGUUCAGCAGCAGCAGCAGCGCCAGCGCCUCCACUCACACCGCCAACACGGCCAAGACCGACGCAAAGCAGCCCUCCAAGAAGGACACCAAGCAUGCCACCUCGCCCACCGUCAGCAGCAAACCCAGCAAGAUCCGCAACUUCUUUGGCCAGCGCCCGCCUUCCGAGCUCAUCAACACCAACCUCGCCGACUUCUUCCCCUCCACCGACUCCAGGGCUCUCCAGCGUACCGCGCGCCGCUCCAUCUAUGGCCGCGCGUCGGCGAGCACGCGCUCCAAACGCAACAGCACCUGGAGCUUUGUCGCCGAUCCCGAUGCGCCGCCGCUGCCCAACAAGGAGUCGCUCGACGGCCACCAGUCCAGCAACACGCCGCUCGACCGCUCAUCCGCAUCCAUCCGCGAACGCACAUACGACCGCGGCACCAAUCCCAUCAUCCAGAUCGGCUACGACUCGCGCUCCGAAGACGGUCACUCGCAAGACGCGCAUCAACGAGCUUCCGCUCAGCACCAGUAUGGCGUCGCCGGCCCGCCCACACUGCCGCCCGUUGUGGGUCGCGACUCGCUCGACGAGUGGUCGCGCGACCUCAAGGCCGUCGGCUCGCCCGUGGCCGGAUACACCCCGGGCUUCGCCGGCGCCAAGUCGGGCCAUCUGCACCACACGCCCAUGCAGCCUUCUUCGUCGCAGAACAGCGCCUACACCAGCCGGCCGCCCAUGUCGCGACGCGCCUCGGGCGAGAGCGCGCGCAGCCGUCGCAGUCUCGCCUCGCAGGUGCGUCACGGUCUCAGUGCGGCGCGCGAGCGUAACCCAGACACGGCCAGCCUGCUCACCGUCGAUGAGAUCACCCAAGAGGUCGAGAACCGAAGAGAGAGCAUCUCGCUCGCCGGUGCAGGCGGCGGGUGGGUCGUCGACGAGGACGGCGUGCCCAUCCCCAUCCCCGGCGCUGCUUCGGCACGCUCGUCGUCCGCCGCCGCCUCCACACGGCCGUCGAGCGGCAUCUCGUCCGCCUACGUCCACGGCAGUCAUGCCGGCCACGAUGACGACCAGGACGACGAGGAGGCCAACGAGUCGUCGGACCUCGAGGGCGCGCCUCGCGCAUCGAAGGCGCGUGGCGCAGCGUCCAAGGCGGCGUCGAUCCGUACGGUGGCGAGCCACUCGGCGGACCGUGCUGCGUCGGUGCUGCAUGCGCCCGGCGACGAGUCGGACCGCCACCUGGGCGAUCCGAUGGCCGUGACGCGCAAUGCGACGUCGCGCGCCAGCUCCAUCUCGGAGCUGCGCCGCUCGAUGGACGAGCACGCCGACUACAGCGACGGCGGCUCCAGCUCGGUGUAUACCGACUCGGACGUCGACUCGGACGCCGACUCGGACACGGACGACGACGACGAGCCGGACGUCUACCUGCCGUCGGCCAACAAGCCGCCGAUCAAGUGGCACAAGGGAGCGCUCAUCGGCGCCGGCUCGUUUGGCAACGUCUUCCUCGGCAUGAACGCCAAGACGGGCCUGCUGAUGGCCGUCAAGCAGGUGGAGCUGCCGUCGGGCGACUCGCACCUCGACCAGCGCAAAAAGGGCAUGCUCGACGCGCUCGAGAGCGAGAUCAAGUUGCUCAAGACGCUCGAGCACGAGAACAUCGUGCAGUACCUCGACUCGUUUGCCGACGGCAGCCAUCUCAACAUUUUCCUCGAGUACGUUCCCGGCGGCAGCAUUGUGGCGCUGCUGCGCAACUACGGUGCGUUUGAGGAGCCGCUGGUGCGCAACUUUGUGCGACAGAUCCUCAAGGGGCUGUCGUUCCUGCACGAUCGUGGCAUUAUGCAUCGCGACAUCAAGGGCGCCAACAUUCUCGUCGACAACAAGGGCGGCAUCAAGAUCUCGGAUUUCGGCAUCUCGAAGAAGGUCGAGUCGGAUCUGGUGUUGGCGACGAACAAGGCUGCGGGUGCAGGUGGGGGUGGUGGGGCGCCAAGGCCGAGUUUGCAGGGGAGUGUGUUUUGGAUGGCCCCCGAGGUGGUGAAGCAGACGAGCUAUACGAUCAAGGCGGACAUUUGGUCGUUGGGAUGUCUGGUGGUCGAGAUGAUCUCGGGCACGCAUCCGUGGGCUGAACUCAACCAGAUGCAGGCGCUCUUCCAGAUCGGCAUGGGCAGGAAGCCGAGUUUGCCCGACGAGAUCAGCCUAGAGUGCCGCGAUUUUUUGGAAAAGACGUUCGAGCUCGAUUACAAUGCCAGGCCGUCGGCGGAGGAGUUGUUGGAGCAUGCGUUUAUGGGAACACAGAUGACCUUCCCUGCGGCUGCGGGUGGGGUAGGGGCGGGUGAUGCCGCGGGUGGGGGAGAGGCAGGUGCAGAUGGGGGAGAUGCUGCGGUGGGCGGUGACGCAGUGGGGGAGGAGGGCGAGUCUAGCAUCAGCACGAGGGAGAAGGAGAAGGAGAAGAGGCCGACGCGGUCCAAGUCGACACGCAGGCUCGAGAGGGAGAAGCGGCAGAAGGAAGCGGCGGUGGUGGCGGUGCCGGCAGUGGCAGCGGUGGAUUCGGGUACGCCUAAUACGCCCACGGCUGCGACGGCGGGCAUCGCUGCGGCGAAUGCGGCAGGUGCAGAUGCCCAGGCCGCAUCAGCUCAGGUGGGCAUGCCGGAGAGCGUGUCGACGUCGUCGAUCGCCACUGCGCGCGGCGUGGCGGCGUCGUCGGCGACGGAUGCGCACGAGGGCAAGGACGAUGCGUAA